GAUGUCUUAUAGAAGCAUAAUCCAUAGAUCUGGAGCCUGGGUGUCCUGGUCUGUCUCCCCAGCAGAGGGCAGCACAAAGUCUGCCUUCUUCAACUUCCAUAUUAAUCUGCAAAUCCCUCUCUACGUUGUUAUCCUUUCUGGGGUCGGAUUCAGGGGAAACACCAUCAUAUUCAUCUUCAUCGGUGUCCUCUUCACUCCACUGGACCCUAGCUGCGGUGUCUCGGGCCUCUGCUUCAGAGCAGCUCUUUCAGUAAGCAACAACUUUUCCUCCUUAUCCCUGGAGUUAAGAGAUGGCUCCAUAGUCAUCCACCAUACCUCCAGAGCCUCAAAGACACCCCUGGACCACCACACCAUCUUCCUCAGUCUUCUACCUGGUCACCAUCACUGUUCUGAAUUGGUGCUGGACACUUCUUACCUCGAGCCUGAACAGCUACUUUGGAUAAUUCUUCAAGCAAUGUUUUGACCCCAGGAGACUUAUUUGGCUUAGGGACUUCACCAGACCCUGCCCUCCUCUUGGCUGCUCUGUUUCGGGCACUACUUCACAGCCUUUUGAAAUUCUCAUCACUAGCUGCAGGCAAAAAUCUGACCAGUUUGAUCUCUUCACCCUUCUGGUUUUGGGCCUUUCGGCCUGACCCAUGUGUCUCCUUCUUCCUAGGAUUUAACUUGUGCCCAGUGAUAACUGAAGGCUCAGCUUGCCUGGACCUGGUUGAGACAGACCCAGUACCUCCAGCCAAGGCCUGCACCACGUGGUCUUGAGGAAGAGCUGGAAUUUCAUUCGUUAGUAUUAUAAUCAGCGCCCUUGAGACAAAUUUAAGCUGGUCUUAUUAUUUUAAGGAAAACUACAUAGGACAUAUGUUCUCUGUGGAAGUGAUAUUCUGCCAGUCACUUAUGAUAAGAGCCAGACAAUAAAAGUCACAGUUUCCAGUGAUAGGGCUCACUUUAAAGCUAAAGGGUGACAUGAAAAAUAUACAAGGAAACACCAAAGUUGUUAAUCUGGACUGCCUCACUUACUUAUUUUUAUCAUACUUACUAAUAGCAUACGAAUAGAAGGUUAUGUGUUGAAGCAUGACACUUCUGUGGUCCUUUUAAACAAUUCUGAUGGAAUGUGUCUCUAUGAAUGCUUUCAAAUCCCAUCUAGUUGAUCAUUUAAUCAUCUACAUAUUGUUGAAAAAGUAUAAGGUUGUCAUGACAACUAGAGAGAUAAUUUAGUCAACAUAACUCAUUCCACAUAACAUAAUAUUUUGCGUUUGUUCAAAAAUAUUUCUAUAAAUAUUCAUAUUCAGCAUUUUAAUAGUAUGCUUUACAUUAGAAUGUGUGGACCCCAGAAUUAAAUAAGACCUCUCAGUUCCUGACACUAUUGUCAAGUGCCAUUAUUCUUCUUUAGCUGAAGUCACAACCUUGGUCAUUGAAAGUAUUAUUCAUGCCCCCAGGCUUAAAUUAAGCUCUUGGGGAAUUUUUUCCUGACAUAGAGUUUGGUGAGCAUAAAAAUUAGGUUAAUCCUAAAAAAAAGGGUUCAGAGGAAAGAAUUCGACAUCAAAGUGGGCACAUCAUUCAAUUUACAAGACCUAUAAUGGGCAGACAUUGGAACUGGAAAAGGGAUGAAAGUCAAGAAUACUUUGUGGGAGUAAGGAGGAUCAUAGCUAGUAUCUAGUUAUGAAACUAUUAACACACUGGAAGAUAUUUCUUUAUAAUUUUUACUUCUUUCCUAGUGAGAAAAAGUAAGAUGUUCAUUCAUAUGAAUAAAUAUGUGACUAUAUCAAUAAAGUCAUAAGCAUUUUGG